AUGCUGUCAAUGUGCCUGGCAUUCGCCAAACAACCAUUCGAGAUCAAGCCGGGUUCCUGUGGAACCGUUGUCAGGAAUGCACAGAUGAAGAUAGUCGACCCUGAUACCGGAUCCUCUCUCCCUAGGAACCAGCCUGGCAAGAUCUGCAUCCGAGGCCAUCAAAUCAUGAAAGGUUAGUUGAAGGAGAUUAUUCAGUACAAAGGCUUCCAGGUUGCCCCUGCUGAACUUGAAGCCUUACUUCUUGCUCAUCCUGAGAUUUCUGAUGCUGCAGUUGUCGGGUUGAAAGAUGAGGCAGCCGGGGAAAUCCCAGCAGCAUUGGUUGUAAAAUCGGAUAAAUCCGAGCUUACUGAGGAUUCAAUCAAGCAGUACGUCUCUAAGCAGGUGGUGUUCUACAAGAGAAUAAGUAAGGUGUUCUUCAGGGAGUCGAUUCCGAAGGCACCAUCUGGGAAAAUACUGAGGAAGAAUUUGAGAGCAGAGUUGGCUGAUGGUAUCAGAAACUGAUCAACCACAC